AAAGAACAAGAAACACAAAAAGAGGAACAUUUGAUGGAAGAAAAGAAAAAGAAAAAGCAGGAAGAAAAGAAAAAGAAGGAAGGUGCUCAGAAAAAGGCUGCUGAUCAAAAAACCAAAGUGCCAGAACCUACCAAGACCUGUUCAAGCCAGCCCCAGCCUGCCGGCACCAGUACCAGUACUUCCACCAGCACCCUCUCCAGUGGCAGCAAUGGCAAACGUGCGUCUGCCGGCGGCCAGCAGCCAGCUGCAGCCCGUUACCUGCCUCGCGAGGUGCCUCCACGCUUCCGCCAGCAAGAACAGAAGCAGCUGUUAAAGAGAGGUCAGCCACUGCCCGCGGGGGCCCUGACCAGCGUGAGCCCCACCCAGGGUGCUGGGCCUGCAGGGCUGAGCCCGCCCCCGCUGCCUGGAGCUGGAGCACAGCCACACCCCAGUAAGCCCCAACCAGAUCUUGGUCACAGCGGCCCAGCGGAGCAUUAUGAGAGUUCCCACUGGGGACAGCAGCCCACUUACCGGAGCGAAGCCAGCUGCAGCUGGGAGAAGGCGCUAAGCGACAGGACAGACGCGGGGGCCUGGCCUUCCAUCACGGGAGCAGAGACGGAAUCCGCCUCAGAAUGUACCACAGACACUGACUCUGCCUCCAACUGUGGCUCAGAGAACAGUAGCAUGGCUACGGGGAGCGCCCAGGGCAGCUUCACUGGACAGACCAAGAAGACGAACGGCAAUAAUGGCUCCAACGGCACACUGGUCCAAAACCCGUCCGCUCAGAGUGCCCUUGGGGCGGGGGGAGCGAACGGUAACGGAGGUGCCGCCAGAGUGUGGGGCGUAGCCGCCGGCGCCGGCUCGGGCCUGGCUCACUGCUCCCUCAGCGGCGGGGAUGGGAAAAUGGACAACAUGAUCGGAGAUGGGAGGAGUCAGAACUGCUGGGGUGCCUCCAACUCCAACGCUGGCAUUAAUCUUAACCUUAAUCCCAACGCCAACCCAGCUGCCUGGCCUGUACUCGGACACGAAGGAACUGUGGCGACAGGCAACCCUUCCAGUAUUUGCAGUCCGGUCAGUGCCAUAGGUCAGAACAUGGGCACCCAGAAUGGGAACCCCACGGGCACUUUAGGUGCUUGGGGAAACUUGCUGCCGCAAGAGAGCACAGGACCACAGACGUCCACUUCCCAGAAUGUGUCUUUCAGCGCACAACCUCAGAACCUUAACACUGACGGGCCAAACAACACUAACCCCCUGAGCCCUUCCCCCAGCCCUCUCAACACAGUGCAGACGAACGGACUGCCGAACUGGGGCCUGGCUGUCAGCAUGGGGGCCAUCAUCCCGCCCCACCUGCAAGGCCUUCCUGGUGCUAACGGAUCGUCAGUUUCUCAAGUCGGCGGGGGUGGCAGCGAAGGAAUCGGCAGUUCUGUGUGGGGACUGUCCCCAGGUAACCCGGCCACAGGAAACAGCGGUUCCGGGUUCAGUCAGGGGAAUGGCGACACUGUGAACUCAGCAUUAAGUGCUAAGCAGAACGGCUCCAGCAGUGCUGUGCAGAAGGAGGGGAACGGAGGGAACAACGCCUGGGACUCAGGACCUCCCGCUGGUCCUGGCAUCCUCGCCUGGGGCCGGGGAGGGGGCAGCAGCGGCGUGGGCAACCUCCACUCGGGAGCUUGGGGCCACCCCAGCCGGAGCGCCUCCAACGGGGUGAACGGGGACUGGGGGAAGCCCCCCAACCAGCAUUCCAGUAGCGACGUCAACGGGAAAGGAUCAACAGGGUGGGACAGUCCUAGCGCUGGCGGCCAGAAUCCUGCCACGCAGCCUGGCAGCGAGCUCGUGAACUCUUGGGCCAAAGCUGCGUCCUCUGGAACGCCAGCCAGUGAAGGCAGCAGCGACAGUUCUGGCAGCCACCACGAAGGGAGCACUGGGCGGGAUGGGGCAGAAGGCCGACGGCGAGACAGAGGGCUUCUCGAGCAAGGGCACCUCCAGUUGCCAAGGAGCGACCUGGACCCCAGAGUUCUGUCCAACACUGGUUGGGGACAGACUCCAGUGAAGCAAAACACUGCCUGGGAAUUUGAAGAGUCCCCCAGGUCCGAGCGCAAGAACGACAAUGGGACAGAGGCCUGGGGGUGUGCAGCUACUCAGCCUUCACACUCAGGGGGGAAGAACGAUGGGUCCAGCGUGAACAGUACAAAUACCUCUUCAGUAUCGGGGUGGGUCAGCUCACCACCUGCUGCUGCGCCAGCGCACGCCGGCUGGGGAGACAGCAGCCACAAAGCGCCAAAUGGCCCCGCGGUUUGGGGGGAGGCGAUAAGCUCUACUGCUGUUAAUAAUGCUGCUGCUGCCAAGAGUGGCCACGCUUGGAGCGGGACGGUAAAUCAGGAGGACAAGUCCCCCACCUGGGCUGAGCCUCAGAAACCCAGAUCUCAGAACUGGGGAGAUGGACACAAGCCGAACCCAGCCUGGAGCGCAGGAGGGGGAGACUGGGCAGAUUCGUCCUCGGUCCUCGGACACCUGGGGGAGGGGAAGAAGAACGCCUCAGGCUGGGAUGCUGACAGUAGUCGGUCAGGGUCUGGUUGGAACGAGGCUCCGAGGUCGGGGACCGGUGGCUGGGGCAAUGGCACAAACACGAAGGUGAAUCCAGGGACGAGCUGGGGAGAGUCUUUGAAGCCUGGCCCCCAACAAAACUGGGCGAGCAAACCCCCAGACAGCAGCUCGAAUAACUGGGGAGGAGCCGCUUCCGUGAAACAGACAGGAACAGGGUGGAUCGGGGGACCGGUCCCCGUCAAACCGAAGGACAGCAGCGAGGCCACGGGCUGGGAGGAACCUUCCCCGCCCUCCAUCCGACGCAAAAUGGAAAUCGAUGACGGUACCUCAGCUUGGGGCGACCCGAGCAACUACAACAAUAAAACUGUAAACAUGUGGGACAGAAACAACCCAGGCAUCCAGAGCAGCGCCUCGGCGGGCGCCACCGCCACCACCGCCACCACGAGCGACAGCGUGAGCGCGGCUGAGGCGCCCCCGGCGCACCAGGCCAGCGCCCAGCUCAGCCGAUCACCGCUGCUUGGCCCAGCUUCGUCGGGCUGGGGAGAAAUGCCUAACGUUCAUUCGAAGGCUGAAAACUCUUGGGGGGAGUCAUCAUCCCCGUCCACCCUGGUUGAUAAUGGCACAGCAGCGUGGGGCAAGCCACCCAGCAGCGGCAGCGGAUGGGGGGACCAGCCCACCGAGCCGGCGCUGACAUUCGGGAGGGCCAGCGCCCCCACUGCCGCCCCAGCCCUGUGCAAACCAGCUUCAAAAUCUAUGCAAGAAGGCUGGGGCAGCGGCGGGGACGACACGAACCUCGGCGCCAGUCAGUGGGAGGACGAGGACGGGGGCGUGUGGAACCAUGCGGCUUCGCAGGAGAGCCCCUCUUCCUGCAGCUCUUGGGGGAACGCCCCCAAGAAAGGGCUCCAGAAGGGCAUGAAAACAUCUGGCAAGCAGGACGAGGCCUGGAUCAUGACCCGGCUGAUGAAGCAACUCACAGACAUGGGCUUCCCGAGAGAGCCGGCUGAAGAGGCCUUGAAGAGCAACAACAUGAACCUCGACCAGGCCAUGAGCGCUCUGCUGGAAAAGAAGGUGGACGUGGACAAGCGUGGACUGGGAGUGACCGACUACAACGGGAUGGUCACCAAGCCCCUUGGCUGCCGCCCACCUAUCUCCAAAGAGUCUUCCGUGGACCGCCCCACCUUCCUUGACAAGGAUGGCGGCCUCGUGGAAGAGCCCACGACUUCACCAUUUUUGCCUUCACCAAGCCUGAAGCCCCCCCUUUCCAACAGUGCACUCCCCAGUCAGGCCCUGGGCGGGAUUGCCUCAGGGCUGGGCAUGCAAAACUUGAAUUCUGCUAGACAGACACCGAGUGGCAAUCUGGGCAUGUUUGGCAGCAGCGGAGCAGCGCCCGCCAGGACCAUGCAGCAGCCGCCGCAGCCGCCCGUGCCACCCCUGAGCUCCUCCCAGCCCAGUCUCCGUGCUCAAGUGCCUCAGUUUCUAUCCCCUCAGGUUCAAGCACAGCUUUUGCAGUUUGCAGCAAAAAACAUUGGUCUCAACCCUGCACUAUUAACCUCGCCAAUUAAUCCUCAGCAUAUGACGAUGUUGAACCAGCUCUAUCAGCUGCAGCUGGCAUACCAACGUUUACAGAUCCAGCAGCAGAUGCUACAGGCCCAGCGGAACGUUUCCGGACCCAUGAGACAACAGGAGCAGCAAGUUGCGCGCACAAUCACUAACCUGCAGCAGCAGAUUCAGCAGCACCAGCGCCAGCUGGCCCAGGCCCUGCUCGUGAAGCCGCCGCCCCCGCCACACCUGUCUCUGCACCCCUCUGCAGGCAAAUCGGCCCUGGACAGCUUCCCCCCCCACCCCCCGGCCCCCGGCCUCCCUGAGCUGCAGACCAAAGAGCAGCAAUCUUCACCCAGCACCUUCGCCCCCUACCCUCUAGCUGGACUGAACCCAAACAUGAAUGUCAGCAGCAUGGACAUGACCGGUGGUUUAUCAGUGAAGGACCCAUCUCAGUCCCAGUCACGCCUCCCUCAGUGGACUCACCCCAACCCGAUGGAUAACUUACCCGGUGCUGCUUCUCCGCUCGACCAGAACCCCAGCAAGCAUGGUGCUAUCCCUGGAGGUCUGAGCAUCGGACCUCCAGCCAAGUCCUCCAUUGACGACUCCUAUGGCCGGUACGAUUUAAUCCAGAGCAGCGAGUCACCAGCCAGCCCUCCUGUAGCUGUUCCCCAUAGCUGGUCACGUGCCAAAUCCGACAGUGAUAAAAUCUCAAACGGCUCCAGCAUCAACUGGCCCCCAGAAUUCCAUCCUGGAGUUCCCUGGAAAGGACUUCAGAACAUAGACCCGGAGAAUGACCCCGACGUCACUCCUGGAAGUGUCCCCACCGGGCCCACCAUCAACACCACCAUACAGGAUGUCAACCGCUACCUCCUCAAGAGUGGAGGGUCCUCCCCACCGUCAUCUCAGAAUGCCGCGCUGCCUCCCUCGAGUGCCUGGCCGCUCGCUGCCUCCGGCCACAGUCGCGCUUUCAGCAGCCUCGCGCCCGCUCCUGCUGUUGCAGGUAAGCUGUCAGACAUCAAAGCGACGUGGUCCUCUGGCUCUGCCUCCCACACGCAAGCCUCUCUGUCUCACGAACUGUGGAAGGUGCCCAGAAACACUACUGCACCCACGAGGCCCCCGCCAGGGCUAACCAACCCCAAGCCUUCCUCCGCCUGGGGAGCCAGUCCCCUCGGCUGGACCAGCUCUUACUCCUCGGGUUCCGCCUGGAGUACCGACGCCUCAGGAAGGACAAGCAGCUGGCUCGUUCUCCGCAACCUCACACCCCAGAUCGACGGCUCCACCCUGCGGACGCUGUGCCUGCAGCACGGGCCCCUCAUCACAUUCCACCUGAACCUGACGCAGGGCAAUGCCGUGGUCCGCUACAGCUCCAAGGAGGAAGCCGCCAAGGCCCAGAAGUCCCUGCACAUGUGUGUUCUGGGAAACACUACCAUCUUGGCCGAGUUCGCCGGCGAAGAAGAAGUGAACCGCUUCUUAGCCCAAGGCCAAGCACUGCCACCCACCUCCAGCUGGCAGCCCAGCCCGGGGACCAGCCAGACGCGGCUGGGUGCCUCGGGCAGCGCCCACGGCCUGGUGCGGAGCGACGCCGGCCACUGGAAUGCUCCAGGGCUGGCCGGCAAAGGGAGCAGCGACCUGCUGUGGGGCGGGGUCCCCCAGUACUCGAGCAGCCUGUGGGGCCCCCCCAGCAGCGACGACGGCAGGGUCAUCGGAAGCCCCACCCCGCUGAACACACUGCUCCCUGGUGACCUUCUCAGUGGGGAGUCCAUCUAGCCCCGGGCGGCCCCGAGGGCACGGCGGUCAUCAGCUCCAGGAGGACACGCUGACCCUCUCCAGCCCGGGUGUU